ACAAAAAAGACCAAUCCUUUUUUUCUUUUCUUUUUCAAAUCCCCAUUAAAAACCUUACCUACCCAUGAAGUAAAGUAAACUCCUUACAUAUAUCCAAAGAGACUUUUUUUUUAAUUUCUCAACUUCAUCAGUCUCUCGUCACAAAGAAGGAAAGAUGAAGAGAGGACAUGGAGAAACGUGGGGCCCAGUACCACCACAACCAUCGACUGGUUCUGGUGAAGGUCCUUCAAUGGCGGAUAACAAGGGGAAGAUGGCGGAUGACAGCAACAUGGAUGAGCUUCUUGCUGUUCUUGGCUACAAGGUUCGAUCUUCUGAAAUGGCUGAAGUAGCACAGAAGCUUGAGCAGCUUGAGAUGGUGUUGUCUAAUGAUGAUGUUGGUGGGUCUACUGUCUUGAACGACACUGUUCACUAUAACCCAUCUGAUCUCUCUAGCUGGGUCGAGAGCAUGCUUUCCGAGCUAAACAACCCGGCGUCUUCGGAUCUUGACCCGACCCGAAUUUGCGAGGACAGAUCGGAAUACGACGAUCUGAGAGCAAUUCCGGGACUUUCGGCGUUCCCGAAGGAGGAGGAGGAAGGCGUUGACGAGGAAGCUUGCAGCAAGAGGAUCCGACUCGGAUCCUGGUCCGAUUCGGCGGGCGAGUUAACUCGGCCUGUGGUGCUCGUUGACUCACAGGAGACCGGGGUGAGACUCGUCCACGCGCUGGUGGCGUGCGCUGAGGCGAUUCAGCGAGAGGAUCUUAACUUAGCCGACGCGCUAGUGAAGCGCGUGGGAACACUCGCGGCUUCUCAAGCUGGGGCCAUGGGGAAAGUCGCUACGUAUUUCGCCCAAGGCCUGGCUCGUCGGAUUUAUCGUCGCGCUUACACGACGGAGACGGACAUCUCCGGGGUGGGUCCCUCCUUCGAAGAGGUUUUGCAGAUGCAUUUCUACGAGUCUUGCCCUUACCUGAAAUUCGCUCAUUUCACGGCGAAUCAAGCGAUCCUCGAAGCUAUCACGACGGCGCGUAGAGUUCACGUAAUCGAUCUUGGGCUUAACCAGGGGAUGCAGUGGCCGGCUUUGAUGCAAGCCCUAGCGGUAAGAUCCGGCGGACCUCCGUCGUUUCGUCUCACCGGAAUCGGACCUCCGCAGACGGAGAAUUCGGAUUCGCUUCAGCAAUUGGGUUGGAAGUUAGCUCAAUUCGCUCAAGCUAUAGGCGUCGAAUUCGAAUUCAAGGGAUUAGCCGCCGAGAGUUUAUCGGAUCUAAAACCCGAAAUGUUUGAGACCCGACCCGAAUCAGAAACCGUAGUGGUCAAUUCGGUAUUCGAGCUCCACCGGCUUUUAGCCAGUCCCGGCUCAAUCGACAAGCUUCUUGCCACCGUAAAGGCUGUGAAGCCGAGCAUCGUUACGGUGGUGGAGCAGGAAGCGAAUCACAACGGGAUCGUCUUCCUGGAUAGGUUCAACGAAGCGCUUCACUACUACUCGAGCUUGUUCGACUCGCUAGAAGACAGUUACAGCUUACCGAGUCAAGACCGAGUCAUGUCGGAGGUGUACUUAGGGAGACAGAUUCUCAAUGUGGUGGCGGCGGAAGGAUCCGAUCGGGUCGAACGACAUGAGACGCUGGCACAGUGGAGAAUCCGGAUGGGAUCAGCCGGGUUUGACCCGGUUUCUCUCGGAUCCAGCGCGUUUAAACAGGCGAGCAUGCUCUUGUCUCUCUUCGCCGGCGGAGAUGGAUACAGAGUGGAAGAAAAAGACGGUUGCUUAAUGCUGGGAUGGCAGACGCGACCACUCAUCACCACGUCGGCGUGGAAACUCGCCGGAGCCGAUGAGUCACGGCGGCGGUAGAGACGACGUCGCUCGCUCGAAACCGGGAAAAUAAGGACGAAAUGUUAAAAAAAAUUAGGAAAAGGGACCGUAACUUAAGUUAUGUUUUACUGUUUAACCCGAGGUUUUUGCGUGUUUAACCGUUUUGCCUAAAAGUUCACAUCUUUAUCUUUUUGGACCUACGUAGUUGUGCUUCCUCGUAGAAAGUGGAGAGAACGAGUAAAACCUUGUAUCGUAGCUCGAGCUAGUCGUUUUUUUUCAAGGUUUUUCAAUAAA